AUGAAGACAACGUCUUUCUUCUUUGCUUUGUCCUUCUCAGUUUUUGCAGUGACGGUACCAUCGUGCUUCUCAGCCGAUCAACAGUAUGAGGAGUGCGCUCUGCCUCUGAGAUGCGGUCCGGAGGUUGGAAACGUUUCCCUUCGGGUCAACUCUCUAGAUUUGAAGAAUCAAACGAUAACGGUUGUUGAAGAGAGUUUGUCCUUGGGUGGUUGCCCAGAUCUAACUGUGAAUUUCACCGGGAGCGGUCAAUUCACGUUAGAUCCUCUGGGUGAGACGAUCGAUCUCUUCACUUGUCCGGCUAUUCCGCUGGUGGCAGCAGAACCCUCUCCGUUUACUUGUGAAGGAAGCAACAAAAGUUCGGUUCUGAGAGUUUCCGGUGUCUCUGCCGAGACAGACCUCACAUGUCUACGUGCAACGACGAAGGAUCAAUCAACUGGAACGUAA